AGAGCGCGUUGUCGUUAAACUGUCCAUUCACGAGCUUAAAUGGGAGGUCUGUUGCUGUGGCAGCGGUGCGUUUAGCGUCACAUCACUCCGCGCUGGGACGGAGAGAAGCUGCGAUGAGCGCGCGCCUUAAAACUUUUAUUAGCAUACUUUGACUCCACUCCUCUCUGAUUAAAGCUCGCGCGAACAGCCCGCCAUCCUGUGGGAAUAUAACCUCCGUGGUAGCAGAUAACUGUCCUGACUGCGCGUGUGGCACCCCGCGAUGGAGGAGGACAACAGCGUCAUGCGAGACUUGAAGGACAUAGAGACGAAGUUGGGCCGAAAAGUUCCGGACAGUCUCUUUCGCUCUCUCGCCGGAGGGAAACACGACAAGUCCGCAGCGCCGCAUUCAGGGAACUGCAAAUGUUGCGCUAACUCUGCGGACUUAAAAAGACUGGAAAGCAAAAUGUUGUUUCUCAAACAGGAGAUGGCAAAUCUGCGAGCCAUUGACGUAAAGCUCAUGCAGCAGCUUAUGUCCAUCAACGAGGGCAUCGAGUCCAUCCGCUGGAUGAUAGAUGACAAAGGCAGUGUCACCAGCCAUGACGAUAGCCUGACCGGCAGCUUAUACAGCUUGUCGGAUAGCCAGGACGGCGCCUCGCUGCGAGGAAGCUUCAAUAGUUUGAACGAUGGUAACAGCGACGGCCUGGAUGGUCUGUCUGUGGGUAGUUACCUGGACACGCUAGCAGAGGACCUCCCGGAUGAUCCCUCGCCUACGGACCUUGAUUGUUUUGUGGAUAAAACGGUGAUCGAUGGCGACGCCUUUGCCAAAUCGCCUUUGAAACUCAGGGUGGAGUCGGAUGAAUACUACUGCUUUGGAUAAUAAUGAUAAGCUAAAUGUGGCGAUUACAGAGGGACUACUGUAAUUUGUGAAGAAUGGUUUCCAAAAGUAUUCUUCACUUUUAAAACAAAAUGCUUUUUUUUUUUUCCUCAAAUUGUAGCGAGAUGUUAGCAAGUCUUACCUGAUGACUAAUGUUACGUUUUACUUUCCUGACUCUGUCGAAACGACGCGCCUCUUCAAACCGUUCAUGCUUAACAUUCAUGUCUUAACACUUUAAACGCAGGUUAAUUGAAAGGGUGCUUUAUUAUGAUUCAAAGUUAUAGUUGUUUUCAGCUGUCCAAUACCUCACUGGGUGUAUCUGUCACACUUUUUAGCCUAAAAGUAUUUUCAAAGGUGGGUGUGGAAAAAGUAGAAACAUCAACUCAACAGCCGAUUUUCCUCUCCGUCUGUGGAAAACCCGACUCUGAGUUUGCGUCAGGUCAACCACAAUCAGCUGAUCCGAGAAACGGACUAGAUUGGGAUUUAGCAGCCAUUUGGAAAAUUGGGCAUUUCAUGCUGAGUGAUUCACGAGGUAAAACAGUUUCAAGUGGCAAAGUGAUUAGUCUAAGUGUCACAGCAAGUGCACUUUGCUUCAAUGCCAAAUCCUGAGCUCCACUGCUGUACGUGUGAGACUUUUAGUUCUGCUUUUUGUUUGUUUGUUUAUGUUUUUUACCGACAGGAGUUCCCAAGUAAAACUCUGCUCAGCAGUAGUAGUAGUUAAAGCGUGUAGCCUUAAACACAAGAGAUUCGUUGCACACUUAAAGCUCAGAUUCUUGACUGAAAACCAAAGCCGUUUGAUUGUCUCAUAGAUAAUUUAGGCCCUGCUUUAACAGCAGAUGGGAGGUUUAUAAACGGCGGGCAUAUGUGAGACACGUGUUUUGCUCUGCGGGCAGAUUUUAAAUUCACUGUUGUUGAAGAAAGGUUUAACGAGAGCGAUACACCGCUGUAGAUAAAUGUGUUAUUUUUAGCUUUAAAGCUCCUGUGUUGACGUGUCUGACAUUUGUAUUCACCUGCUUUUUAAAGCAAAAACUGUGUUUUGCUGUUUUUUGUUUUUUAUUUGAUUGCUAAUGACUCUGUUGUGGAAAAUGAAAUAAUAUAUUGUGAUUUUUCUUGCUCAUUGUGCUAAGUUGUUUCUUUGCUUAAAGAAAAAACAAAACUUCUAAGCAUGACACAUUCUGAACCUUUAGGUAAGCAUCCCGUUUUUAGAAACAAUCCUCAUUUUGGGAUCCAAAUGAGAUGGAACGUGAACCUCACAGUGCUCUCCUUUUUUAGCUGAUUGAAGUUGAGAAUAAUCUCUUAAUAAUGAGGUCAGACUCCGCGGUGCCCCGUGUAAUGUGCCGUGGAAAAUUACCCUUGUUAAUUCACAUUGUUAAAAACACGAAGAUGCUUCUAAAUUGGGCAAAUAGCUGUUUAUUUGUAGCCUUUAAAAUACCCAGGCUGUUAACAAAGGAGGAGUGUUUGGAGUCAUUUUCUUUGGCGCGCAUAAACUAGCGUUAUUAAAGAUGACAAAUCAUGCUGCCAGAAACUCACGAGUAUCUGUCAUCUGGGUGGAAUGACUGGACUGCGUCACUUGAAAGUAACUAAGGCAAACAAAGACGAGACAGAGCUAUUGCUGAAAUGCCAGCCAUGCAGAAUCGUUGACGGGCUUGUUAUGUUAUUCUCAUUUGCAAUGCAUCGCGCUGGCUCCUUAUCUUUCAUGUGAUAAUUGCAGUUCCAGACGGGCUAUAGAGGGAAAGUCUUUAUGGGAAAGAUGAGAACCCUGCUCUCAUUGGCCUGCAAAUGAAUGAGUGGCCUUUGCCCACUGUACUUCAGUAGUUGUUACGCUCACUUGGAAAUGCUGCCUUGCUCCCUUUGUCCACAGAGCUCCAUGUAUGCUGUGAGCCAGCGCUGUGACGAAUGCUGUUUAGGGUGUUUACUAAACGGUGGCAGCAAUCUCAAGAUUGGACACAAAGGACACUUUUAAGUGUUACAUUAGGUCCAGACAGAUAUAAUCACUGCAUCCAGGCACAUUAAGCAUGCUUUUAACUUUGUCUCGCUCCAAGUGCAAAGCAGCUUUAUUUGGUUUUACGCUGCCUUAUCUCUACCUCCCAGAGGCUUUGGCGUAGCUUAAGACCUGAACCGGGCUGAUUCCAUUAAAACCAAAAGAUCCACGUAAAUGGCAGCGUGACCUCCAUGUCAGCAAUUCAAUUAAAAACACAAACUAUUCUUUAAACUUUUCCAAAUGUAAUGUCCCAACAAAUAUAUCCAUGUAAUGACAACUGAUAGCUCAUUACUUGCAGGGAAACUGUUGAGACUAGAGUUAGUGGCCGUGAAAGAAUUGGACCUACCGAACAGGUUCUGUCAGUUUAUGCUGAAGGAGUCUGAGUCAGAAAUUCCCAAGUGUUGCAUGGUACACUACACAUGAACGGGAGCUGCCAUUUGCCCAUUUUCUGUGGUCUUAACAAGUGUACGUUUGCUACGUGAAAGGGACGACCAGUUGAUGGAGCUUUUAAGAUAAAGACAGCUGCCGUCUUUCAGCGCAGCAUGCAAGACUCAAACUUUCAUCAAGAUUAAACUUAAGCCCAUCGUCAUACCUCAUUUCCUCUUGAUGCCAACAUGUAAUGACAUCUUUAGAAAUUUAAGCAAGGAAUGCUGCUGUCAGUGCAUUAUUACAGUCAAGUUUGCAGAUUCUCCCAUCAGCAGCGACAGUCACACUAUGUGGGUGAAUGACACCAAGGCUUUGCAGAAAACAAACAAGAGGAAAAUCGGCUGCAGUCGCCCGUGUUCAGGGGGGGAAAAUACAAAACAAUGAUUUAUUCAUUCCCUUAGUUAGUCCUCCGUUACUUCACUUGUGCACAUAUAAUUCCACCGCCAUACAGUCGAGACAGCAGCUUCCAACGGGGAUCCAUUAGCAAAUUAGACACUGGGGUUGGACCUGUGCCACAAGAUGAAGGGAAACCAAUACCGUCUGGUAUCUGGGAAACUGUCACCACGGUACCAAAUGAGGAUACAGGAUAUGGGUACUGGAAUGGGGUUCAGGGGGUGGGGAGGGAUCAAAAGAGCCGGAGACGACGCGUACCCCUCAGACGGGAAGCGGCAGAUACAGGCUAAACAUGUCGCCUUAUUUUAUUCUACUUUAAUUAGCUUCUCUCUCUGCAGCUGUUUACUUUGUUUCAGAGUGCUGGAAGUUCUUCUGCAACUUUAUAUCAACUGGAAAAGUUAUAUAUGAAUAAAUAUCAGUGCUAAAAUAAUCUAUUUCUUUUAUACCAGGCUGUAGAAUGAAUGUGGCUCGGUGGGAUGUGCAGUCACACUUGUGGUGGACAGUAGUGCUUUAAGUUAUCUUUUCUCUUAUUUUUAGCUCUAUUACAAUAGCAGGCAAGAGGAGCUCCAUGCUGGGAAGUAAUGAAGCUGUGGAAAAGUUUCUGUAGGAAAAAUCACUUAAUGAAUGUCAAGGUCUGCUGUAAUGUUUUCCCUCGCAUGGCAUUUUCUGCAGUGCCGAUGGGAUGAUGGCAUGCAGAUUCAUUCUCGUUAGAUUAUUCUUUGCUUUAAAGUCAGAUAAACUUUCAAGAGAAGGUCUUGAAGGAGCUUUGUUGGCCGUCUGCCACGGUGUGAAUCUGUGAAUUGUUCUAAAAAGGCUUUGUGGAACUUUGCCACUCUUGGGAUCUGCUAUGUUCACAGCACAAGAUGCUUGAAACUGUUUCCGUCGCUGCAAAUAAUAGAUGUUAACGACGGCUGUCUGCGCCCUCUUAAAUUACUCUGCUGGCAUUUAGAGAAGUGCCCUUUGGGAGCUUCUGUAAACAUCACAUAGGAACAUCGGAGAAACCCAAAUACAGAAAUUGGACAGCUUGAGAACUUGUUGCCCUCCAGGCUGGUCAGGCUGCAUUCCAGUCAUAAAUAAGCCAGAGCUGAGACACAGCAGUAUUAGUUUAUCUGAUUACACCAAAACUGGAUUUUAUGAAACUUGAUGCAGAGUGCGCUAAAGCAAUAACUCAGAAAUUUCGGAUGCAGAGCUGGAUUUCUUCCUUUAAGAGUCCAAAAAAAGAGCGUUGGCAUUGGCAAAGGAUGCACGCUAAAUACAGGGAGUGCUUGGUUACUUAUCAGAUGUGCAACUACAAAGAUUAGAACAGUAACCCAUGAGACCUAAUCUACACUCUGCUGUUCAGGAAUCUCACUGGAUGUAACAAAUUACACCUAAUUCACCGUAGUGUUUUAACCGGUACAGUGAACCUCAAUUUGUUUAUUUUUCAACUCAACUCUUUUCUACACUUUUCGCUGCUUUUAUAAUUAGGUUUUUUUACUACUUUAGAGUAAAUCUGGUGACGCCAUAACUCAUUAUCUUCGGAAACUCCCACCUGUCAGUCAAACACAGAUACUGUAAAACACUGACGUAGGUUCUGGGUCAGAAAAAUGAAGUCAAUGGGGAAAUGCCUAAAAACCUGCAUUCUGUCUGAAGGCCAUUAGAUGGCGAUAGUUGUGGUUUCAGAAACACGUCCAAUCCUAUAGACGGGUUGUGUAAAAAUGCUGACUCACUUUAGAAGCCGUCCUCAAGUGGCCAUUUGAGGAACUGCAGUUGUUGGCUUCAGAUUUUUAAGUUGAUUUAAACUGAAAUUGAAAGUGAUAAGAUUUAUUUAUUUAGAUUUCUAAUCAGUAGUAUAUCAGUAAAAAGUACAAAAUGCUACUUUCAGCAGCUGGUCCCUUAUUUAGAAGCGAUCAGCACAGUGGGAAGCUCCACAUGCUUGGUUAGACAGACUGUUUUAAUCUAUUUUUUUUUACACUGGAUGCCCUCCUGAUGCAGUUCCAGAUGCAUUUAUGUCUCCGCCUGAGAUUGAAGUGGGAAUCUCUGAAAACUUUUGCAGCCAGCACAUCUACAAGCCUAAAAUUAUAAAAUACUCCACCAGUAAAAUUAGCCUAAGUCGUUGAAAGCUAACAUAGUGUAGACCCAAAACAUAAAAACUCCAUAGUUCGAGAUGAGGAGGGGAUGCAAAUUUCUUGGAGGGUUGUAUCAGGAAGGGCAUCCCACGUAAAAAUUUGCCAAAUCAAAUAUGCAGAUUCAUCUGGUGGCAUGACCCAUUAUGAAUAAGGGAGCAGCUAAAAGAAAGAUUAAGUUUAAAUCUUAGCCUAAACUGACAUUGACUUAGUCUGAAUUAAGGAUCAUGCCUCAUUGAAUUUAAAAUACAUUAAUACCACUAACAAUCAAGCCUGACUCUAUACUUCCUGCAUGAUCUCACAGUUUAUUGGAUUAGACUUAGAUGGCUAAUAGUAGUAUCUCACAACCAAGCCAAAUCUGUACCCUGCCAGUUAAAAGUUAAGGUUUCAAACUGAUUUUGCACGUCCUUUAUUAACACUUAGUAGCUACUAACAACUGCUCCUGAUAACGGAAAAUGAAAAUAGAUGAAAACUAGAGCUAAAAGAACCAGAAUCAUUGGUUUUUGAAUGUUGUUAUAACUGACUCAUACUGGUUGUGAAAGAAUUCCUUUUUUGUACACAGGCACAAACUGGUAGAACCAGUUUUACCCUAUGACCACCUCUAAUGUCAACAUGUCUCAACUGUUAAGGAUGUAUUCCACUGAAUGAAAUCCUUUCCUUUGUACUGGGAACUAAGGAUUGGCUAAUUAGUCAUCAGUAGCCACAAAAGUGUAACCUUUAUCCCGCUGACUGAUUCACCUGCAUUUUACUCACGACAUCUUAAGUGCUAUAUAAAAUACGUUACAUAAAAACAACCAUCCCUCUU